GAAUGUGAUGCAAACUGAAGUUGGUCUUUGUUAACAGUACCGUGAAUCAGUGUUAGCUUAUCAGUAAGCUGAUUCCUGUGUCUUAACUGAUAAGGAAAACGGGAGGUUUUAAGAGAAAGGUGGCUGUCGUAUGUAGCACAGAGCUAUUAGAGAAAUUAGUUUUUAGAGUUAACAAACUCUGUUGGUAGGAAGUUGAGGAAGAAAGAGCGCAUCGGACUGAUGGGAAUACCAUCAACCACCUAAAGGGGAGCCUCACCAUCGUAUGUCACAGAUCUGACUUGAAUCAUCUUGAGAAUCGGUUACCAACACUUGCUCUAGAUUGAGAAACUGAGAAUGAGACUUUGGGUCUUGGUAAUUCCAGCAAUUCUCAUACCUUCCACAUCAGCUACAUUUAGCAAAUCAUCUUGGGGCCUGGAAAAUGAGGCUUUAAUUGUGAGAUGUCCCAGACAAGAAAAAUCUCGGUACCCUGUGGUCUGGUAUUACUCAAAAACCAACAAACAUAUUACCACCCAGAGAAGAAGUCGUGUAGUUGCCUCAGGGGAACGUCUUAAGUUUCUCCCAGCCAAAGUCAGUGAUUCCGGAUUUUAUACUUGCAUUAUCAGAAGUCCUACCUCCAAUAAGACUGGAUAUGUGAAUGUCACCAUUUAUAAAAAACAACCAGGUUGUGAUAUUCCAGACUUUCUGAUAUAUUCAACAACAUCUGGAUCAGAAAGAAAUUCCAAAAUAUAUUGUCCUACAGUUGACCUCUACAAUUGGACAGCGCCUGUGGAGUGGUUUAAGGUAAAAGGAAACGUGCAGGAAAUAGAUGAAAAUUACACCAUCAAAAUAGGUGGAAGUAAAGAAUUACUGAAAGUGGACUGGAACUUUUCAUUUCAGAAUUGUGAAGUUCUUCAAGGACCCAGGUACCGAGCACACAAGUCAUUUUUGCUGAUUGACAAUGCAAACAGCAAGGACACUGGUGAUUAUACAUGUAAAUUUAUGCACAAUGAAAAUGGAGUCAAUUAUACUGUGACUGCAACCAGGUCAUUCACAGUUAUUGACAAGCAAAGCUUUUCUUUGCUUCCAGUAAUUAUAGCCCCUCCACAGAAUGAAACAAAGGAAGUGGAAAUUGGAAAACCAGCAAACCUAAGGUGCUCUGCUUGCUUUGGGAAAGGCUCUCAGACCAUGGCUGACAUCCUGUGGCAGGUUAACAGAAGCAACGUUGAGAACUUCGGUGAAGCAAGAAUGCAAGUGUUGCAAGAGCAAACUCAAAGUUCUCGCAGCAAGCUGACUUGCCUAAACGCCGUGUUAAGAAUAGCGGAUGUAAAAGAAGAGGAUUUAUCACUGAAGUACGACUGUCUGGCCAUGAAUUUCCGUGGCCUGAUCACGCACACCGUAAGACUAAGGAGGAAAAAUCCAAUGGAUCAACAAAGCACCUACUACGUGCUUGCAGGAUUUAGCAUAUUAUUCUUGCUAAUCAAUGUCUUGGUGGUAAUUCUAAAAGCAUUCUGGAUUGAGAUUAUUCUGCUCUGGAGAGACAUAGCUAGACCUCACAAAACUAGGAACGAUGGGAAGAUCUAUGAUGCUUACGUGAUCUAUCCACGGAACUGUAAAAACAGUCCAGAGGGGGCCAGCUCUGUGGAGUACUUUGUUCACCAGAUUCUGCCUGACGUUCUUGAAAAUAAAUGUGGCUACGACUUAUACAUUUACGGGAGAGAUCUGCUCCCUGGAGAAGAUGUAGCCACCACAGUGGAAACCAGCAUUCAGAAGAGCAGGCGGCACAUCUUCAUCCUGACCCCUGAGGUCACGCACAGCAAGGAGUGUGCCUACGAGUGGGAGAUCGCCUUGCACAACACCCUCAUCCGGAACGACUCCAAGGCCAUCCUGAUUGAAAUGGAGGCUCUGUGCCCGCCCGGCGGACUGCAGUUUGGGGAGCUUCAGGACUCCCUCAAGCAUCUCGUCAAAGUGCAGGGGACCAUCAAGUGGAGGGAGGACCUCGUGGCCAACAAACAGUCUCUGAAUUCCAAGUUCUGGAAGCACAUAAGGUACCACAUGCCGGUGCCAAGCAAACUUCCAAGAAAGACUCCCCGCUCGGCAUCCUCGAGCGCCCAGGGGCAGCAGUGCUUGCUUUGACGGCUAACGCACUGCGUUUGGGGGAUCCAAAUCCCUCCCAGCUGGGUCACGCUGCUGUACCAGACACUGGGGGAGGAGGCUCCAGAAAUGGGAGUAUCGAGGGUAUUCAGACUUCAGGUUUCAUGCACUGACUUUACUUCCAUUUCCCUGGUUCUGGCUGGAUGCAAAAUACCCCGAGAUUUUCAUCCUCAGGCUCGCUGUCUCCACCUCACAUCCCCUCCCUCGUCUCCCGUGGCUGGUCCUUCUCCAUCGUGGCCCAGCAUCUUCUCACUACUCUUCCCCUCUCUCUCUCUUUCUCUCUCUCCUUAUUCUUUGUUGAUAUUCUACAUUUUGAACAUCAAGCUGAAAGUUUUAGAGUUAAAUUUUAAUGUGAUCUUGAACACUCAGAUCCCCUCAAGCAGAACGCUGGUACUAAAUCUUGUUCCCAAUGCCAGAAUGUGUUAGAUUUUAUUUGAUCAGACGCUUAAGUUUUAUCGUAUCAAUACUGUCCACUUGGUUGGAAUACCUUACCCAAUUACCCAAUUAUCAUUAUAUUUAAGUUUUUUUAAUUCUAAAAUUUCUUUCAUAUAUUUUUAUUCUCUUCAGAAAUAUCUUUUCUUCCUGUACAAGUUAUAAAAGAACAGAAAAUAUGAAAGAAAAAAUAACAGAAAUUGUUCAUAAAUCCAUCAUCCUAAGAUUUUGACUUUUAAAUGUUUUGGUAAAUUUGCAUUUUAAGAAAUUUUAAUUUAUACUUAAAUAUACCAUUUAUAUAGCUGAGAUUAUACAGCAUGUAGUUUUUACAUUUUUAUCUACUUAAAAUCAUAAUAAAAGCAUUUGACAAGUCAUUCAAAUUUUAACGUUUUAAAAUAUUCAUAGUGUUCCAGCUCCUGGUUGUGCUACAGGUGACAUGCCUAAUUACUUAUUGUUGGAUAUUUAAGUUGUGUCCAAUUUAAAUAGUCAUCAUUAUAAGUAAUUCUGCAGUGGCCAUAUCAUUAUACUUUAUACCUUCCAAUUAAAACAAUUUUUUUUAAUUUGAGAAACUUUUUUAAAUUUAAUUUUUUUUAAUUUGAGAAACAAAUUAGUUGUAACAUUUCCAUGAAAUAAGUAGGGCAUUUUGGCAGAAGUGUGUUAGUAAAACUGAAGUUAAUUUGCACAGUCAGGGCCACUCCCAUCAGUUCCUUGGAGUUCCCGCACCAUCAGAGCCCACCAGAGCUAAGGCUGAGGGACCCUCAGACUGGGCGUCCUGUCAGAGCUCAGAUUUUGCAAGUGGAUGGAGGUCCUAUCCUCAACUGAGCUGCUCCUGGGCCUCAGUUUCUGCAACUGAAAAGUGGGAGGAUGGAGAAGAAGAGCUGUGAGGGCUUUCUCAGCUCCGAUAGCCCAGGGUUCCAAGCCCUACACUCACAGAGAGGUUGGGGAACUGCCAGAAGACCUGGCUUCUCAUACCAGCAGUGCCACUAACCUCUCUUAGUUUCUUCUUCUCCUUUCUUUUUAAACAAAUUGUUGACCUAUUUUAUUUUUUUUAUUUUUAAGUAUUUUUAAAAUUUUUAUUUUAUAUUGGAGAACAGUUGA